AAUGCACUACUAGCGCUUGAAUGUAAUAGUGGCUAUAGCCUACAAGCUCAAAUACCGUGCUGGCGGGCUACUAUUCUUAAAUCAUGAUCGGUACACAUCAUUUCGCAAGCGCUAGUGUACAAUAUUCCAGUUCUUUUAGUUAUUGAAUUUGGUUUAAAACGUUCUUAUCAUUGGUCGUCGGGCAACCACACUAUUUUAAAUCGUGGAUUAGACAAACGUGCCGAUGCCAGAUCGCCAUAUUGGUUAGUGCGUUUCCAGUGUCCAGUCGUCCAUUGACAAGUACCUGUUUUGUUAUUGUUAUUAUUGACUUAUUAUUAUCGAUCCAAAUGAUCUAGUGCUGGUAAACAGAUAUCGCGUCCCUUUCGUAGUUCCGUCUCUACUGUUCUCGUGUAUACCUAUUUUUUUUUUUUUAUACCAUACUACUUAAACCAUUUUAAAAAUGUUUAAAUGUCCAAAGUGUACAGUUACGUUUACACGCAAACAAAAUUUAAUUAAGCAUUUUAAAGUACACGAUAGAGUCUGCCACAGCUACCAGUGCGAUAAAUGUAUUGCAACGUUCAAGACCCAGUUUAUGUUGUCACGACAUAUAAUGAAAGUCCAUAGCAUUGUUUACGCCCCUGCACAUAGAAAAUCCAACAAUGUUGAGGCAACUCCUCAAGUUAAUAUUCCCCAUAUCCCAGCUGAACAACAUAUUGAUAAUUUUUGCUCGGAUGAUGACAUUUGUGUGACAGCUUUGAAUGAAUUUGAAAACACAGACUUGUAUGAUACAAGUCAAGAUCCUUGUACGUCUGCAGUUAAUGAAGAAAUAACUUCUACUGCUAACAGUGUUAAUAAUAAUGAAAUCAAAAAGAAUAAUAUACCUGCAUGCGAUCAAUUGAUUACGGGACAUAGUGAAAACUUACACAAAGGAUCUACUCUUAGAGAAAUUUUUAAAGAGUAUAAAGAGGUGCAUAACUCGCAUACUAGAAUGUUUGAUUGGGUAUCACGUGCAGCAUCAUUUUCAUAUCAACAUAAUUUAGAGUUCUGUGUUUUGGGAAUUUUAAUGAUGGAUACACUUGCUGAUAAUUUAACUCCCAUAGAUGAGGCCAUAAUACAGAUGUUGCACCAAGACGCAUUCAUUGUUAUGGAAAAGAUUCAAAAUCAUGCGCAAUACUAUAUAUUCAUGCAGUUAAUAUAUAGCCACAGAAGAAUAAUGGAUAACAUAUCUAACGAUCUCAAAAAUCAAAUCAAAACUAACUGGAUGAAAAAUACAUUCAAAGUACUAGAAUAUUUUGGUUUUACCUAUGAUACAGCUAAGUUUAUGAUAGAAAGAAUAGAAAAAUUGAUUAUUAUGCCGUAA